AUGGAAGAAAUUAACGUACAAGACUUGAAAUUGAAGUCACUGAUCGGAUUCGAUGGCAAUCCAUUGAAUGGCCUAAUAUUUCACCCAGACGGCGUCCAUCUGGUUUAUCCACUCGGCACCAACGUUACAGCCUACAAUUGGUCAACUAAGGCGCAACGGUUCUUCGUAGGGCUGACCAAUAUCAUAUCGGCGGUCACGGUGUCAUCUACUGGGAAAUACGUUGCCGCCGGUCAGGUGAACUAUAUGGGGUUCAGAUCGCCGAUCAUCAUAUGGGAUUUCCAGACUGGCGAGGCGGUGACGAACUACGAGUCGCACAUGGUGCGCGUCGAGUCAGUGGCGUUCUCUUGCUGCGAACAGUUCUUGAUAUCGUUGGGAGGUAUCGACGACGGAACUAUCAUCGUGUAUGAGAUUGAAAAGAAACAGGUGUUGUGCGGUUCGUCGUCGGUGAAGUCGACCGCUGGCAUAUCCACCGUGCUCAAGGCGGUGAACUCUCGCAACAAGUGUUUCUUGGUGGCCGGCGACAACAUUCUGAGGCUGUGGACGUUGAACAAGGAGCAGAGAAACCUGCAGGGGCUAGACACGUCGUUCGCCAAGAUAAAGCGAAAGAUCCUUUGCACCGAGAUCGACCGCCUGGACGAGUACGCAUACUGUGGCACCAGUACUGGGGACGUGCUCAAGAUCAAGUUGAAUUUUCCCGCGGACUUAGCUGUGCAGAAGCCGUCCUCAUCUCCAACGUUGGUCGGCUGCUUUGCCAAAUACCCGGCUAAGAAGCGGACAUCCGGCGUCACCGUUGAACUGUAUAGCAAGGGCGUAACUUCGCUGCGGCUUUACGGAGAUGACGGCACCAUGAUCGUGGGAUCAGGAAAUGGCGUCAUUGAAUUGGUCCGACAAAAGGCGCAGCUCAAGCAACAGCAGAAUCAAAAAUAUAAGAAAUUUGAGACACGGCUGGCCACGCCCACGACCCCGCUAUUGGUGGCUGUCUUGUCGGCGGACGUUGAGUCGACUGUGACCAGCAUACAACUGAUGGGCAACCACACCGUGCUGGCGGGCACCGUAAACUGCGAGCUAUUCACCUUAAGCGUGGCCACGUUUGCAGUAACCCGCAUGUUCACGUGUCACACGUCUGCGGUGUACGACCUUGCUUUCCCGCGUGACUACAGUAAGGUGUUCGCGACCGCCAGCAAGAACGACGUUCGCAUCUGGUCAGUGGAUACGCUCCAGGAAUUGCUACGGGUCACCGUCCGGAACUGCACGUGUUCCGGAGUACUAUUUUCUCAUGACGGUUCGCAGAUUAUCAGCUCCUGGAACGACGGCCGCAUCCGGUCGUUCACUCCGGAAACCGGCCGUCUGCUGUACACCAUACACAACUGCCACAACAACGGCGUGUCGGCUAUAGCAAUGUGCAAGGACGGCAUGAAGUUGGUGAGUGGUGGUGGCGAUGGACAGGUGCGCGUGUGGCAGGUAAACGGCACAAACGGCGUCCUGAUCGCAGUGCUCAAGGAGCACAAGGGCGCGGUAACGUCCAUUGACCUGCACCGGCUGGGUCACGAGGCGAUUACUUCCAGUGCAGACGGCACGUGCAUUGUGUGGGACAUUGUCCGGUAUACUCGGCUAUCGAUAAUGUUCUCGACGACUGUGUUUACAAGUGCCAUGUACCACCCGAACGGUACCCAGCUGCUGACAAGUGGCACCAACCGGUACAUCGGGUUCUGGGAGUCUCUCGAUGGGUCGUUAAUCCGCGAGAUCGAAGGAUCCCCCGUGUCUGCGCUCAAUUCACUUGACAUCACCCCCACAGGCAAGUACUUCGUGACAGGCAGUUCUGAUCAGACGGUGAAGGUUUGGCUGUACAACGAGGGUGUGCCCACUCACGUGGGCGUGGGCCACGCAGGCGUUGUAACGAACGUGAGGGUGAGCCCUGACGGCCGUUACUUGGUGAGCACAAGCAUGGAUGGAGGCAUAUUUCUGUGGUGUUUCCCUCAUGAUCCCGACAUCGAGCAGCCUAGCAGCCGGUGUUCGAACAUCAGUGGCAUGAGUGCGGGUGAACAGCAGACGGUUCGGUCACGGCAGCUAUCGCUCAAGAAGUCGAUGCCGAUCCGGAAAGAGAACAUCUCCGACAUAUCGUCGGCGCAGAAGGUGAUGUCGGUGUUGGCGGAUGUCGGGGCCUCCGGUGACGGGGAUGCAGCAAGGGCUGGUAGCAGAGGCAGCCUAAAAAUUUGCAAAUCGUCGUCCUCCAUCCGCUGA